AUGAGAUCACUCAGCGCAUACGAAGGCAACAGCAUAACCACUCCACCGUCCGCAAUGCUUCCGCCACCGGCAAUCCGCUCCCCGUGGCACUCCCCGGUGCCGUACCUGUUCGGCGGCCUGGCGGCGAUGCUGGCCCUGAUCGCCUUCGCCUUGCUCAUCCUGGCAUGCUCUUACUGGAGGCUUUCCACCCGCCGUCGGCAGCAGGGCGGGGACGUCGAGAGCGGGGACGGGAAAGAAGGGAAACCCGUCGAGACGAAGGUUUUUGAAGAGAAGUUUCUGGUGAUCAUGGCCGGAGACAACCAGCCCACGUUCCUCGCUACCCCUGCUUCGAACAGAGUCGGUGUUUGUGGAUGCGGUGACACCAUAGCCGUGGGUGAAGAUGGAGGGGAGAUGGGUAAUGGGGAGAAAGUGAAACAGGGUUUGUACGAACACGGUGAACCGACGGCGGCGGCGGAGGAAGAAGAAGAGGAGGAGGAAGAAAACCGUAGCCGGGAAACGAUGCAAAAUUAA